CUACCCCUCUGAUACUUAUCAUUAAAGUUUCACUUUACUGAUUUUGCCAUUUCCUUUCUUUCUUUCCAUACCUCCAUCCAAGCUGUGGAUCAGUUGAAUGUCUAGUUCUGCUGUUAAAAAAGGGAGCAAAUCCUAACUACCAAGAUAUUUCGGGAUGUACACCCCUUCAUUUGGCAGCUAGAAAUGGACAGAAGAAAUGUAUGAGCAAGCUCUUAGAAUAUAGUGCAGAUGUCAACAUUUGUAAUAAUGAAGGCCUGACUGCAAUUCACUGGCUUGCUGUCAAUGGGCGAACAGAACUACUUCACGAUCUUGUACAGCAUGUCAAUAACGUAGAUGUUGAAGAUGCAAUGGGACAGACAGCACUACACGUGGCUUGCCAAAAUGGUCACAAGACAACAGUGCAGUGUUUAUUAGACAGUGGUGCAGAUAUUAACAGGCCAAACGUGUCAGGAGCAACUCCACUCUAUUUUGCUUGCAGCCAUGGUCAAAGAGACACCGCACAAAUCCUUUUGAUGAGAGGAGCCAAAUACUUACCAGACAAAAAUGGAGUUACACCACUGGAUCUCUGUGUGCAGGGUGGGUAUGGAGAAACUUGUGAAAUUUUAAUACAACAUCAUCCUAGACUCUUCCAGGCAAUUAUUCAAAUGACACAGAAUGAAGAGCUACGGGAAAACAUGCACCUCAAUGACAACUGGAGACUUCCAGCAGUUCUGGGGCAGAACCCAUUAAACAUGGAGAACUGGGGAGGGGGGCGUAUUAAGAAUGGGAAUUCUCCUAAUUUAUUUUGGAAUUUGUUCACCGAUGACAAUCAUUUGCGGCAAGUUCUAGAACACUUGUCCCAGCAGAGUGAAAGCCAGUACCUUAAGAUCCUAACAAGCCUUGCUGAAGUUGCUACAACAAAUGGUCACAAACUACUGAGCUUGUCAAGUAACUAUGAAGCUCAAAUGAAGAGUCUCUUAAGGAUCGUGAGGAUAUUUUGUCAUGUCUUUCGCAUUGGCCCAUCCUCUCCCAAUAAUGGAAAUGACAUGGGCUACAAUGGAAAUAAAACUCCAAGAAGUCAGGUGUUCAAGGUCAGAAAAGUAUAUGACGUUGUUAGGAAGAUAGACGUUAAAGAGAUGAAUUUCACAAAGCAUGCAUUCAUUAAUCAGACAUCUCAUGAACAGGAACCGCUGGAAUUACUCUGGCACUCAUUAGAUGAAUGGCUAGUUCUAAUAGCUACAGAAUUGAUGAAAAACAAGAGAGACUCUGCCAACAUUACAUCCAUUUUACUAAAGCAGAAAGGGCCAAAUCAGCCUGCCUUUGACGCUGCAGGAACUGAGAGCAGAGAAAAGCUGUCUACUGACACAGGGGAUUCUAAAGCGUAUGAUGUUGCCAGGAAGCAGGAAGCUUGUGCAGAUUGCCAGGAUGUUAUCUCAGUGACAGCAAACAGGCUGAGUGCUGUCAUUCAAGCGUUUUAUAUGUGCUGCUCCUGUCAGAUGCCUCAAGGGAUGACGUCACCUCGUUUUAUAGAAUUUGUCUGCAAACAUGACAAUGUUCUUAAGUGCUUUGUUAACCGAAACCCCAAAAUAAUUUUUGACCACUUUCAUUUUCUUCUUGAGUGCCCUGAACUGAUGUCGAGAUUCAUGCACAUCAUAAAAGCACAGCCCUUUAAAGAUCGUUGUGAGUGGUUCUAUGAACAUUUGCACUCUGGACAACCGGAUUCAGACAUGGUGCACAGACCAGUCAAUGAAAAUGAUAUCCUGUUGGUUCACAGAGAGUCUAUUUUUAGGAGUAGCUGUGAAGUUGUGUCUAAAGCAAAUUGUGCAAAGCUGAAGCAGGGGAUUGCGGUGCGAUUCCAUGGCGAAGAAGGCAUGGGUCAAGGUGUGGUACGUGAAUGGUUUGAUAUCUUAUCCAAUGAAAUAGUUAACCCAGAUUAUGCACUCUUCACCCAGUCAGCUGAUGGAACAACCUUCCAGCCAAACAGCAACUCUUCUGUAAAUCCUGAUCACUUGAACUACUUUCGAUUUGCUGGACAGAUCUUGGGUUUAGCUCUGAAUCACAGGCAGCUGGUCAACAUUUACUUCACAAGGUCAUUCUACAAGCAUAUUCUUGGUAUUCCUGUAAAUUAUCAGGAUGUGGCAUCUAUUGAUCCAGAGUAUGCAAAGAACUUGCAGUGGAUUUUAGAUAAUGAUAUCAGUGAUCUUGGGCUGGAACUGACCUUCUCUGUCGAGACUGAUGUGUUUGGAGCAAUGGAAGAAGUGCCUUUGAAACCAGGGGGUGCAAGUAUUCUUGUUACACAAGACAACAAAGCUGAGUAUGUCCAACUUGUUACUGAACUUCGAAUGACAAGAGCCAUUCAGCCUCAGAUAAAUGCUUUUUUGCAAGGAUUUCAUACGUUCAUACCACCUUCUCUUAUACAGCUUUUUGAUGAAUAUGAACUGGAGCUGUUGCUGUCUGGUAUGCCAGAAAUUGAUGUGAGUGAUUGGAUAAAAAAUACAGAAUACACAAGUGGCUAUGAAAGAGAAGACCCUGUUAUUCAGUGGUUCUGGGAUGUUGUAGAAGAACUAACUCAGGAAGAGCGAGUGUUACUAUUACAAUUUGUUACUGGCAGUUCCAGGGUUCCUCAUGGUGGCUUUGCCCAUAUAAUGGGUGGCAGUGGAUUGCAGAAUUUCACAAUUGCAGCUGUGCCAUACACUCGAAAUUUGCUACCAACAUCAAGUACAUGUAUCAACAUGCUCAAGUUACCUGAAUACCCAAGCAAAGAAAUCCUUAAGAACAGGCUUCUUGUGGCAUUACACUGUGGAAGCUAUGGUUACACAAUGGCAUAAUGAAGUCUGGAAAACUCCUCUGACUACUGAUGCGCAAUUCAGAGUGGCAGAAGUAAUUUUGGAAACUGUCAACACAAAAGCAGCCUAGAUGCUGCGACUCAGAGCCAGGGCUGACUUUUUUUUUUUUUUUUUUUUUUAAAUUAAUAAAGGAUCUGUUUCCUGUCCAUUAUGUUGUCUAGUCUGUGAUACUGUUACAUGACUUAAAUUUCAUAGUACACUGUAUCUUUGUUUUUUAAUGUUAGAUUAGUAUUGAAAGCAGUAUACUUUCAUUAGCAUUAACAUAACACGAAGAAGAGUGGGUUUGUCAAAAUGUUUCUCACCAAUUUUAUUUCUGAUUCUCAACUGUGUGGAUGAAUGAGAUUUUCUUUUAGUUGACCUCCCCCUCACAUGAUAUGCUAUUAACACACACACUUGUAUUGUGUGUCUUGUUGCAUGUAAAAGUGCCAUUUAUUUUUGCAGAGAACACUGUAUAGAAAGUUUGAUUUAGAUAGUGUACAAAAUGACAGAUCUAAUGUAUUUUCCCACUUAUUGAAUUGUACCUAUAUUAAAAGGUUUUUAACUUUUUAGUAUUUUAAUGUAUAUAAUAUGUAAAAUUUAGACCACUGUCACUGAAAAGUAAAUGGCGGAUGGAAUUAAGAUCUAAUUUAUAUUAUAUAUGAAAAUGUACACUAUAUUGUACUAAAUAUUAAAGUAUUUGUGACUUCAUUGUCAAUUUGCAGUUUAGAACUUAUAUAUAUUGUUUUAGAUGUAUAUCUGUUCUUUAUUUGAAGAAUACCUUUUCUCAUGCCUUGCUAUAGUCCUAUGUAGAAAAGGUAUAAUUAAAUUUUAAUAUUUUAGCAGAA